ACGAUGCCAACUUGAUCAUCCGGUGCCUUUUAAAUGUCGUUUUAUCAACAAACUCGGCAAAAAUGCUUUUUAAUUUGUAAAAAACAUGUCAGAAACAGGCGAAGACUUCCAAAAUGUACCAUGCUCAGCUUCGCUCUUUGAAAAAAUAAAGUUCUUCAUUAGCGGCGAUGUUGAGGACAACGUACUCGCAUUGUUGAAAAACGGCGGUGCCGAGCGUAUGAACUACUUCUCCGACUACGUCACCCAUCUAAUCUGCGGUCAAAAUGCCGAAGAAACCGAUAUAUCGGACGCAAACGAGCUGUACGAGAUUCCCGCCGUUACCCCUAAGUGGAUUCUCAUGUGCGGCAAACUGAAUCGUCUCGUACACACCAAGCCUUACAUCUACGAUAAUAAGAAACUGUUCUCAAAUUUGGUUUUCUGUUUUUCGCAAGUUGAUGAUCGUAAUGUCCUGUGGUGCAUUAUUAAUUACAACGGGGGUGUUGUGCAGUUUACGCUAAACAGCCAGUGCACUCAUUUAGUGACCGCCAGUACGACAUCUGCGAAGUACGCAAAGGCAUCGAGUUUGAGUCAUCUUACUGUGGUCACGCCAGAUUGGGUUCUGGAAUCGGUACGGGUGAAAACCCUGGCACAGCCGGAGCUGUAUCACCCCAAACUGAUCAUCGUACCUCAGGUCGAAAAGCAUGAAAGCACGACGGCCAUUACCGGUUUUGAGCCCGAAAUCGAGGCAAAAGUUGAAAACGCGCCCGAUACGACUCGAGCACUUCUAGACAAAUUAAAGCAGAGAAUGCCAUGGAAUCAGUCUCCAAGUAGCUUGCCCAAAGUUACCGAAAUUGUACCGCCGAACGUUGUUGCGCCCAGUUUCACGUCCCCGCGGGUUUCCGCCCCUGCCACGCAGGCGAGCGCGCUGGUACGCCCGCAAACUCCUUCUCUGCCAGUACGCGCCUUCCUAAACCAGGUCGUCGUCUCGGAACCCGCUCCCGUAGCUCACAACGUCGGGCAUCAGAAUGCGUUAAUCGGACAAGCCCCGCCGCAGUUUGCCCCGUUUAAUUCCACCGCGCACCUGCAUCGAUUUCAGCAGCAACGCGCAAAUUUGCUGUCUCACAUAUCGCAGCAACAGCACCAGCAGCAGCUUAAUAAGGCUCCCCACAUGGGGCAGGCGCAAUUUAAUGCGCCGCCCGUCAUGCAGCGGCAGGUGCAGAUGCAGCUGCCCGUCGCUCAAAUGCAAGCCGGUCCGCAUAUGAACCAGCUCGGGCAGUUGCAGCGGCCGCCUUUCGGUAUUAAUAAGGGGGUGCACAUGCAGCAGCUGCAGCAACAGAUCGGAAAUCGACAGGCGAUGCCGCCCCAAUUCUCUAGCCAGCAAGGUCAGCAAAUUCUUAUCGGGCAAAAUCAGCAAUUGGGACCGGUGCUGAGUCAGCCUCAGCAACUGGAACAAGUGAUGGGUCACACGCAACAGUUGGAGCAACCGGUGAUAAACCAGCCACAAAUUUUGGCUCAGAAUCAAGCGCCAAAUCAGAAUCUGCAGCUGGGGCAGGUGGUGAACCAGCAACAGAUCUUGGUACAAAAUCAACCCGUGCAACAGAAGAUGUUCGUGCAACAGAGCGACGCGCAGUUUGUGCAACAUCAGUUUGUUCCCACUCCGACUUACACCCAGCAACAGCCGCAGAUCGUGCAGAACGUUUUCACCCAAGCCCGUCCGCAAUUCAACGCCAUCAACCAGCAACAAGUUGUACUGAAUCAACAGCAAAAACCAAUCAUUGUCAAUCAGCAACCUCAGACCGUCCCGCAGCCGCCGCAAACGCCCACCCCAAGCCCACAAAGUAAACCUAUUUGGCAACAGCAGCAGCAGCAACAGCAGCCGCAACAGCAAUUGGGAGUUAGGCACCCGACGGGUAUUAUUCAACAGCAAGGACCUCGAAUCCAAUGGUCGCCCACUCAACAACCGCACGUCCCGCAAAGGCAGUUCAUACAAUUGGACAUGCAAACUCACCAACAAUUACAACAGAUGGCGCCCGAGCAGCGGGCACUGUUCAUAAGCAAAUUGCAGCAAAAGCAACGCCAGGUUCUCCUGCAGCAACGCCAGCAACAGAUGCAGAUGCAGCAGCGUACCGGUCACGUGCUAAUCCGCUCAGGCCCAGUUCCACAAGGACUCAAUCCGCAACAACAAAUGCAGUGGUUGCAGCAACAAGCCAAGCAGCAAGGAGUCAUGCUGCAGCAGUCCACCAUUCAACCGACCACUCCAGUACCGAACUCGCCGAUAACACCAAACGUACCGCACACACUCGCACUUAGCUCGAUACAGCAGUCCGCGCCCCCACCUCAGUUUAACGAAGCGAACCAGCUGCAAUUACAGCGGCAACAGCAGUUCCGCAUCCAGCAGCUGCAACUGCAAAGGGACCAGGCGCAGAAGGUCGCCGUAAUUCCUCAGCCCGUCACGACCCCGCCGAACGCGAUACGACCGAUCGGUCAACCGCAGACCGCCGAGGUGGUCACGACGACCGCGCCGACCGACUCCGCCGUCGCCCAGCAGCAGCUGGUCGUCAACGCAAAAACGAAAACCGCCCUCGCGAAUAUGCUCAGCAUUCGUCUGCAGAGCGGCGGUACCUCGGUCGGCGCGACCGAAAACAUACAGGAACCGUCGGCCGCCGGAACGCUCAGGUUGAUGACGGCGCAGCACAAUGCCGCGUUGAACUCGACCGCCCGCCCUCAGGAGAUCCUCGGGUUGCAUCAACGGCGGACGAUCACCGCGCCGAACGGUGAGACGAUACGUCCGCCGCCUUCGAUAUCGGUGCCGCCGCCCAGUGAGCCGCCUCACCUGCAAUUUUCGCCGCGGGGCAACAUUCCGAUACAGCAUCGUCAAGGCCCAUUUUAUGGGCACAAUCCGAAUCUUAAACUUCCUCCCGACUUAUUUCUUCUCGGAUGUAUCUUUGUUGUUGUCGAGCUCGAUAGAUUUCUGGAGGAGUCGAUUCCAAACUGGCAAGAACAGAUUGAAAAUCAUGGAGGGGAAGUCGAAAAGCAGUAUUGCUCGAGGGUUACUCACGUUCUAUGCGAAACUCAGCGUCACGGCGUCGUGAUGCAGGCGCUUCGCGACUGUAAACGAUGCGUGACGCUGUACUGGCUGUCCGACGUCCUGCGUCGCAAGCAGGUCUUACCGCCGUGGACCGCCCUGCAUCUUCCGACGAUGUACCUCGACACGACCCCCGCCUCGAAACAUCUAAUCUCGCUUAGCGGCUUCGUCAAUUCGGAACGCAACCGCAUCAAGCACAUGAUCAAGUACAUCGGCGCCACGUUUACGAGUUACAUGUCGAAACACAACACCCUGCUGAUCGCGGCGAAGGCGGAGGGCUCCAAGUAUGUACACGCGAAAAAGUGGGCGACGCCUGUCGUCAACGUCCAGUGGCUAACCGACGUGAUGCUCGGCCACUUUAGCGCGCUCAACCAGCUCGAGCACAUCAAGUAUCAGCAAUUUCCGAAUCCGCCGUCAUUCAACUUCGAGCCCAAUCUCGUUCCGAGUCUGAUGCACGCGUGGAAGAUGCCGAUCAAUAUUUCGCAGGAGUCCUACGAGCGGGUCAAACGCAGUCCGUCGCCGGUCUUGGGACCCAAGAAACCCAAAAAGCUGAAGGUUAAGGAGGAGGACGAGUUCAUGGAGGAUCAAAAUCAAAGUAUGACGCAUCGGAUUCUCUUCUCAUUGUUUACGGACGUUAAUGAUCUAAACGCGAUCGUCAGAGACUUAGGUGGAUCGUUAGCGCACAGCCACAAGGACUGCACACAUUUAGUGAUGCCCUACUUGGGAAGGACCAACAAACUUCUACACUGCAUCUGCUCGGGUGCGUACAUAUUACCCGAGUCGUGGCUGCGCGACUCGCAUUCGGCGAAUAAGUUUCUUGAUCCGGUCAAUUACUCGUUGGACACCAAGGAUUUUAACAGUGAAUAUAAGUGCGAUUUUAAUCAGACGUUGUUAACGCGAAACCGCAACAAGUUGUUCGAGGGGAAGUUCUUUUACAUAACGCCGAGCGUGUUUCCAAGCAAGACUGUGUUGACCGAGCUCAUCGAGAGCUGUGGCGGUAGCGUGGAGAAACACCGCCGAACACUGUCGCAGAUUGAAAUAACAAAUUUGAAUUCGCCCUACAGUUACAUAAUUUUAACGCACGCCAAUGACUUGCAUUUGAUCUAUGACGUGUUAAGAAACAAGAAGGAUAAAAUAAGGACCGUUUGUAAUGUUGAACUGAUUUACAGUGCUAUUUUAAAACAAACUUUCGAAGUUGAACCUUACGCGGUGCAAGUAUGCGAAAUGCGGCGUUAACUGUGUUGACCCGCCCUGUAUACAGAAACACCCUAUACAUAUGUAUUAUAUGAUGCUGUCAAAAUUGAUUGUCAAAUUUACUUCAAAUAAAUAAAUCUAUAAUUUUAA